CACUUUUGGCCGUGAACUCCUCGCCAUCUACCUAGCAGUGAAGCAUUAUCUCGAGGGCCGGGACUUCACCAUUUACUUGGACCACAAAACGCUUACCUUUGCUCUUCGGUCCCACUCCGAUAAGUACAACCGCAGAGAGAUUGACAACCUGGACUACAUCUCGCAGUUCACUACCGACAUCCGCCAUGUGGUUGGCACGGAGAAUGACGUGGCUGACUUGCUGUCGAGACCUUCCCUUUCUGCACUCCAACUCUCCCAGGGGAUCGACCUAAGUGCUAUGGCCGCUGAGCAAUCACAAGUCGGUUGUCCUGGCGACGAAUCUGUUAGUGGUCUCCAGCAUGCAGACGUUCCACUCACCACCGGUACUGACACCAUCCUCUGUGACGUCUCGACUCCAUUCUAUCGCCCUUUUGUGCCGCCCUUGAUGCGUCGAGCUGUGUUUAACACUCUGAAUGGACUUUUCCACCCUGGGAUUCGAGCCUCACAGAAGCUCCUUGCGGAGAGGUUCGUCUGGCCUGGCAUGAAAAAGGAUGUCAAAGCUUGGGCCCGGCCGUGCCCGAGUUGGCAACGGACCAAAGUCCACCGCCACAACAAAUCUUCGCUCGGCACCUUCCCUAGCCCCGACGCUCGUUUCAGUCAUGUGCACCUCGAUGUCCUAGGUCAUUUGCCUCCAUCUAACGGUUUCACGCAUCUGCUUACCUAUGUCGAUCGCUACACUCGCUGGGCCGAAGCCAUCCCCUUGCCGAAUAUGGAAGCAGAAACUAUUGUUAAGGCUUUCGUCAGUCGUUGGAUCGCCGUUUUUGGCGCCAAUUCGAAUCUGCACUGUUCCAGACCCUCCUCAACUUCCUCGGCUGCACGCGAAUUCAGACGACGGCCUAUCAUCCAGCUGCCAAAGGCAUGGUGGAAUGCUUCCAAUGACAACUCAAAGCUGCCUUGCGUACCGCACAGAGCCCAGCCGAUUAGUCUGACAACCUGCCCCUAG